GAAGCAACCUGGGAUGAAAUCAUGACUAGAUACUCCCCUGAUCCCAUAUACUUUUACCCCUUCAACGCUGAAAAGAUUAGUAAUAGACAACUUAAAGAACUAAAGAACACAGGGGAAAAUGUACCUGCAACUCUGGAGCUCGCCUUACAGUCCGCAGCACCUAUUGCAGUGUGCGGAGAACAUCAGGCCAUCUUCCGUUCUACGGCGUCACUCAUUUUUCACUUAAUUAUGACUCCCCAUGUUGAGUUCCAAAGUUUCUGCUCUUCUUGCAGGGCCAUCUUCCCUACUUCAGCUCUCCAACACUUCGUGGACUUCCAUGAUCUAGAUUUUCCCAGGACAACCGAAUUUCCGAACACCUAUGAAAUAAGUAAGAUCAUAUCAGGCAAAAUAGGGGAGGACAUGCUGGAAGUAUUUAAUAGAGCCCAGCUACACAUUAUUGACAGACAUGCUUAUAAUACGCCACUCUACAGCACUGUAGCUUCACUGCGACUCAACCUCACACACAGGCAAAAAUCUACGUACGAAAGGCUCAAGAACAUGUUACCAGACCUGUCCAUAGCGGACAAACUCAACUUCGACACGGACACAUGGGAUAAACUUAUCCUACAACUUCUGUCAAUCCGAGCAGGCCCGAGCACAAUAAUUGAAGUGCACAAACUAAUCUCACAGGUACUACUUAAACUACCCCCUCCAACAGACGCUGCAACCACCUUAACUACCUUGAACUAUGAAGUAGUUAUGACGAUCAUCAGUGCUAAGCUCAACUUCCUCUACAGAGGCUCAGAACUAAUUUCCAACUACGCAGAAUUCGAAACAAGAAUAGAUGCUCCAAUUGGUCUCCAACCCACCGGGGCUCAUCCUCUCGCCAAAGCUCCCCAAAGACUACUCGACAACUAUGAUACAAACUUCGAUGCUAUGACUCUAGGAACAAACAUCCUGCUUCGCUCAGGGAUCCACGUUCAACAAGCCAUUAGAGUGCUAAACCUCUCGCACUCGGCCAAACUACUCCAUGCGACAGCCUCUUACCCUGGUCUUAUAGGUUUCCCUGAUGAAUCUGGAAAAUGGAUACAGGUGCCAGCAGACCAGGGAGUACUAAACACUGUGGAGAAGAUAAUGGAAACUCCCAAUAGAAAAACGCUCAUCAUCCUAGAGUUUAACAUUGGCACCAACCUACAGCAUAUUCCCGCCAACAAAUGGAAAAUGUACGUGCACGAACACAUUGAAGAAUACGCCCUUCACUUCUUCAUAAGCUUGAGAACCAGACGUAUCAAAACGGCCUGCGCCCAUCCAAUCAUAGUAAUUGGUCAAGGGCCCAUCUUCAGUACUUCUUUGGACCUGGAAGAAACCACUAAGCUCACAGAAUAUAUCACCAGAGUACUUCUUAAAGCUAGUUCUUAUACCGACAUUCCCUUUCUUCCAACCCCAGGACUAAUUGGUUUCUCAAAAGGUUCCAGUGUGCCCCUCACUACAGCCCCAAGGGGCCCAGUGUUCAAUGCUUUGGGAGAAUUAUCUUACUACUCGGUCCAGCAAGCUGUCAGGAUAGUUCAAACUUGUGUCAGCGCAAACACUCUAAAAGAUGACUGCCUGAAGCCUCCUGGUUUCAGAUUCCAUAUGGUUCAAGAAUUCUAUGCCUGAUCUCAGUUAUCACAACAGUAACAUCAGAACUACAACCAUAUUCUAAAAAAGGUAGA